GCACAUUUGUUUCGUUGUCCCAGACAGACAGUCUGUUGCAAAGUUUGAUCUAACCACAGACGCCAUUAUCGUGUCCGAUUUGGAACAAGUUUGAAGUUUCAAAAUUUAUUAGCCUAUCCGCUCUCCUACACGUCGUGCCGUGUCAUUUGAUGCGAUCAAUAAUCGUGACGCAUUACGUUUGAAAUCUUAAAAAAAACAACAAAAUUCCGGCCGCUCUCCCCAUACUCUUGUAUGGGGCCUUCCACUUUUAGUGUGUAUAUCAUUCAGGUCGACUUUGAUUUAUUUAUUAGCUCAUGCGACACGACGGGUUGCGUAGUAACCGACUUUCAUCGGAAUUUCCCCCAGGUUGCCAGCAUCAAUCGCUUGAAUACGCAUAGAGGUAGGGGUUGGGUGUGGUGCGUGUGUGUGUGUGUGUAACUGUGUGUGUGUGUGUGUGUAUAUAUUGGCUUGAUCUGUCAUCGUGUUACCCACUAUAAAAAGGACUGCCGGACGAGAAACGGUCAACAGCCGCGAUCAGACCGCCAGUCCCGACGCAGUGAAAAGGGCCGCCAUUGAUCGCCGGGGGAUAUAGUACUCGGAUGCUUAAAGCCAUUGAUUGAUUUGAUUUUUAAUUGAUUGCAUUAAGCGACCGUCGCUUGAUUUUUUAAAAAGAAGAGCGUUUUAACAUUUUCAAAUCGACCGCCAAAACAAAACAAAAAACUAAAAUGUCGCUGAAGCAUUUCUUGAUGCACGGGCGCCACAUUCCAUUUUUACUGGGCAUCCAAAUCGCUUUUAUCGUCCUGUUUGGGGUCUUCGUCGAGUACGACAAAGAGGCCCACAGCGGCCGGGCCUUCGACAAGGACGCCAAUGCCACCAAAAACGAGGGCAACAGCCUCGGCCACUACUAUCCAAUGUUCCAGGAUGUCCACGUCAUGAUGUUCAUCGGUUUCGGCUUCCUGAUGACCUUUUUGAAGAAGUACGGCUACAGCGCAGUGGCUGUCAACUUCCUGAUCGCCGCCAUCGUCCUCCAGUGGGCCACUCUCUGCCAAGGCUUUUACCACACUUUCGACGGACAGAAGAUUCACAUCACCAUUACCAGUUUGUUGAACGCUGAUUUCGCUUCGGCCACCGUUUUGAUUUCGUUCGGCGCCGUUAUCGGCGUCACGACGCCGCUCCAGCUGGCCGUCAUGGCCGUUUGUGAGAUCGCCAUUUUCGCUAGCAACGAACAUCUGGGAUUAGAAGUCUUGAGGAUUUCAGAUGUUGGGGCGUCGAUGCUGGUCCACGUCUUUGGCGCCUAUUUUGGCCUGGCCGUCAGUUGCGUUUUGAGGAGGGACGUCUCCUCGGAGAAGGAAGGCGCCACAUACAAUUCCGACAUUUUCGCCAUGAUUGGAACCAUUUUCUUGUGGCUGUUCUGGCCCAGUUUCAACGCUGGAUUAGCCGAAGGCGAUGCCCAGCACCGGGCCGUCAUCAAUACCUAUUACUCGUUGGCCGCCUGUUGCGUCACAGCCUUUGCCAUCUCCGCAUUAGUCAGCAAAGAACACAAAUUCGAUAUGGUUCACAUUCAAAAUUCAACUCUUGCUGGAGGUGUGGCUAUUGGAACGGCGGCCGACAUGAUGAUCAAUCCAUUCGGAGCCAUGAUCGUCGGAAGUAUUGCCGGAACCGUGUCCGUUCUCGGUUAUCGCUACCUAACACCUGUGAUUAACAGAAAGCUUGGCAUUCACGACACUUGCGGCGUCCACAAUUUGCACGGGAUGCCGGGCGUGAUCGCCGGAAUAGUCGGGGCCAUUACGGCCUCUGUUGCCACCCAAGAGGAAUACGGUUACAGUUUGUACCGUCAAUUCUCUGCCCGGGCACCUCUGCCCGGCACCCCCGAAUUAAUUGAAUUGGAGCAUCACGUCGGACACCUUCACCCGGGACUGGGCCGUUCGGCUUCCAUGCAAGGGGGCUACCAAAUAGCCACCCUCUUUGUGACGAUGGCCGUAGCCAUUAGUGGCGGACUAGUCACAGGGCUUAUUUUGCGCUUGCCAAUAUUUGGCAAGGUGCCCAGGGAUCACUUGUUCGACGACGAGUUAUCGUGGGAAGUGCCCGAUUCCGAGCAUCAUCUGCAAAUGGUCAAGACUGCGAAUCACAACACUUCGUCGUCGCCGAUGGUUCAACACGGAAAAGGUGUGGAAGACACCCACAUUUGAAUACCUUCAAAAAUUAAUUCGCCAUCACCCGGUUGUUUACGUUGAGUUUUUAACUUGUAUAUUUGUCACGAGAAAA